GCCAUGAUCCCGAUCCCGGUCGUGGUGUGCGUGCUGGGCGGCUGGUGCGCCAUCUACCUGGCGGACACGCUGCUGAAGUCAUCCAGCUCUUUAAAAGCGUCUUAUGAAGACUGGCUGCUGACAUAUGGCCUGAGUGUCUCUCCUUUCCACAUGCGAUGGCAGACUGCUCUCUUCAACCGCCAGUUCUACAACUGGGGACGAUGGAAACCUAGAUUUCUUUAUCUAUGGUUCAGCAUAGGAAUGGUGUUUGGUAUAGUUGCCAUGUUUGGAUCAGUUAUUCUCCUUGGAAAAACACUGAUGCAAACACUGACCCAGAUGCUAACCGAGGCCCCCAAAGCCCAGAAUGACCGAAUGCUGCAAGUUGUGGUGCCUGGUGUAAAUUUGCCUGUCAGCCAGCUGGCCUAUUUCUUCUCUGCAAUCCUCAUCAGUGGUGUGAUACAUGAAGUCGGCCAUGGGGUGGCAGCUAUUCGAGAGCAAGUACGGUUUAAUGGAUUUGGAAUUUUUAUCUUCAUUGUCUAUCCUGGAGCAUUUGUUGACCUCUUCACAACUCACUUGCAACUUAUCUCUCCAGUCCAGCAAUUGAGGAUAUUUUGUGCAGGAGUGUGGCAUAAUUUUGUUCUUGGUGUUGCAAGUCUUAUAGUUUUGUUUCUGCUACCAGCCAUUCUUUUCCCUUUCUAUUACACGGGUGUUGGGGCACUUGUCACUGAAGUCACAGAGGAUUCUCCUGCCAAUGGACCACGAGGCCUUUUCGUAGGGGAUCUUGUCACUAGUCUGCAGGACUGCCCAGUUUAUAGUGUGGAAGACUGGAAUUACUGCCUGGGAGACAUUACAGAGAAGUCACAGAUUGGCUACUGUAUAAACGCAGCAACCCUACAGCAAUUAAGUUUUCCAGCUAGAGUCUAUAGAAGACUCGACGGCACAGUUGAAUGUUGUAGUAACAACAGCCUCACCGACAUUUGCUUUUCAUACAGCAAUAACUUGGACAGCCCCUUGCAUGCCUGUCUGCCAGCCCGAAAGGCGAUUGAGGCCAGCCAAGUGUGUCGAACCAACACGGACUGCCAGAAGGACUUUGUUCCAAGCUUGUGUGUCACUCCUUCUUUAGAGAACCAGACAAGACUAAUCAGGGUAAAACAUCCACCUCAUGUGGACAUGCUGUUUGUAGGACACCCCAUGCAUCUCCAGUACACAGUAAGUCUCAGCAGUUUUGUACCACGACAUAACUUUCUAAGUAUUGAUCUGCCUGUGGUGAUAGAGACGUUUUGCAAGUACCUAAUUUCGCUGUCGGGAGCACUGGCAGUUAUCAAUGCUGUACCCUGCUUUGCGUUGGAUGGUCAGUGGAUAUUAAAUUCAUUCCUGGAAGCUACUCUGAGCUCACUGAUUGUGGAAAAGCAAAACAGGGAGCUUGUUGGCUUUUUAAUUUUACUUGCUGGCAGUGCACUUUUGGCUGCCAAUGUUGCACUAGGACUUUGGAUGGUAACAGCACGGUAGGACAUUGAAAUGGCUUCGAUCAGUUAUUGAAGUACACAAGAGUGGUGGAGCUAUUGCCUUUCAAAACUUGGUCAGUACUGAAAUUGAAGUAAUUCCCUUAAAAUGCCACUGGAAGAACAAUCACUUGUGGCUGCUGUUUUAACUUAAAUCUGUACAACGUUGUGCCUGUGAUCAUGGAAAGAAAUGAAAGAAACAAGUAAGGACCUUUUUCAAUACUCUUUAAAACAUGGUACUAAUUUUGGACAAAUUGUGUUGUAAAACUUCAUAGGAAAAAGCCUAAAGCUUCAUUAAUCUAGAUUCCAAAAUAAGGAAAUUAUUUGGCCUCAAACACUUGUAAAGUGGAAGGGGGAAAGCAGUUUUCUUUUGCAGUCUGAAUAAUUGUCAAGUAGUCUUUGUGGGAUAUGAUCAUUUUACCAGUCACCAUAGUCUUGAGUGUCUUGUUUUAUUUUUCAAUCUAGUGAUCUACCAAAUAUGACUCUAAGAAACCAUAAAGUCUGAGCUCGUCCUAAAAUGGUGAAAAGCUGAGUAAAUGAUAAGCAUGUGUUAAUGAGAAGAGAGGCACCAUAUGGGUUAGUAUCUUUCCAGCUGGCCAAUAUGACUGGAAGGACGUGGUCCUCAGGAUGUAGAUGGGAAGGGACAAUGCCAGUUAAGAAUGGGGUUAUGUGGAGGAUAACGAAGCCUCCAGGUCUGUGUUUCUUAAGCAUUCAGUGGUGUAAAACCAUGUGCAGCUGAAGAUUUUAUAAGGCAAUAUUUUUCAGCAAUAGCUAGAAAAUAAUCCGAAAUUAUAGUUUAUGUGUACUGAAGCAUUCUGUACAAAAUUAUUCCUAAUGAUAAAUGAUCUUUGUGAGUUUUUUAUUUAUAUUUUAUUCAGAAGGUGAUACUUUUUGCCGUUAAUGGUGUAAACUGUUGUUUUUUUCUUGUCCAUCUUUGGCUGCUAUUCAUGCAAUACAGUUGAUGUACAGUAACUCUGUCUUUCAAAGAGUUGUUUUUCUUUGUUAGCAUUCAUUCUAAUUGAAGAUGUUUAGUUAAAGGUUUCCUUGUAUCAGAACUGGUUAUAUAUAUGUAUUAGGAAAAUUUUGAAAAAUACUUAGCAGCUUCCAUGUUCCCAGUGUUCCCAGACGGAGCUGCUCCAGUUCAGAGUCGUUUAGAAGAAAUGCCCUUUUCAUCCAGGAACUUAUGCGGAAGCUGAGCCUCCAAAGAGUGGUCUGCAAAGAGCCGUGAAACACUCGCAAAAGAUUCUCUUGGCACUUGGGGUAAAAACCUGCAUAAUUUUACCGGCAGGGUUCAGCCCUCUUCCUGCUGCUGCUGCAUGGACUCGCAACUUUCAUGUUUGCAUAUGUCCAUGAUUUUUGCACAGUAGCCUUCACAUCUAGAAUGACUAUAAAAUGAUGGUACCUUGGUUUAGGAACUGUUUUUAUUAAGAUGUUAUAAGUAGGAAUGAGAGAAUAUGUUUGUUUAUUUAUUGUUUUAUUAGUUUAUUAUCUCUCUAGGGCUGUCACAGCUUUGGCCUCCUUCCUGAAGUUCACUGAUGUGGGGUAGCAGCCCCUUGCCUCUGAUUUUCAGUCAGCCAACCUGGGCAUGCCAGCACAUGCCAGAUCCUGGUAAUGGAGAGCAAGUCAUCCAGUGAGUCUAGUGUGAGUCAGUCUGUAUGGGGUUGAGAGGGAGAAGCAAGAAAGGAAAAUCAAACUACCAGGAAAUGCCAGAAGGCUUCUCUUUCUUCAGGAAACAUCUGACAAGUCUAAUUCAUCAUUUAUACAAUAAACUUAGCAGAAGUUUCCAAAUCACAGUUCUCAUGUGCCAUUCUUCCAGCCUUCUGUGGACCUGGGUGACCUGAGCUGCGUGGCUCCUACGUGAGGCCCAGCUCUGGAAGUCUCUUCACUCACCUAAGUGGCUGCUCUCUAAUCUGAUCUCGUCCUUUUUCAGGGCUUUGUGCCACUUGCUUCUGUCUCCAUGUCCUGUCCAACCUACACUGCAUAGAAUUAACUUUAAUUUAGGAGGCUUAAUGCCAUUUAGUAAGACAAUAUAUUGACAUUUCAAAAAGGCUGCCACUGUUUACAUAUCGUAGAGUUGCAGUCUUUUUCAUCUAACACAACAAAACAUGUAUCUGAUGAUUUCAAAAGCAUUCUGUGAAUAACAUUUAAAGUUUAAUACAUUCUAUAUUCAGACUGACUCCUGUUGCAUGGGACAAUCUCUUCAGCGUAAUAUUUUCUUUGGAGGUGUAGGCAAGAUAUUUAAAAUUUUUCUUUGGAAUAACGUAGACAAGUUCUGUCUGCUAUAAUGAGUCUGGCAGGCUAUUCC